GUGGAGGAGGAGGGGGAGGGGGGCAGCUCCUCCCACCCAGAAGCGUGAGCUUGAAAGACAAAGACCGCUACAUGGAGGGAGUUAGCCCGUACGCCCAAAUGUUUGCCCAGUACGCGGAGAGGGACAGAGAUAGUCCCUCCUUUUUCAGCCGGGGUGGUAGUGAGCGGGAGAGGGCGAAAGGAGGCUCCUCCUUCAGUUUGUUCCGAGGCGACCGAGGAGAAGGUGGGUUGCACCGUCGGUCGGUGGGGGAGAAAGACAUGAGGGACAGGGAUAGAAGAAUGAUGGGAGGUGGAGGUGGUGGGGGCGGUAGUGGCAAAGGGGCCGGGACUUACUCCUUGUCUAAAUCUCUCUACCCAGAUAAGGUGACCCAGAACCCCUUCAUCCCAACCUUCGGCGACGACCAGUGUCUAUUACAUGGCGGCAAACCGUACUACGUCAAAAUGUCUCCACAGCAACAGCAACAACCGCCACAGCAUCUCCUCAACAACAGCCGCGGGGACUUCCGAGGCUCCAUGGGGGUGCCGUCAUAUUUUCCGGCGUCAGCCACGACGGGGGUCAUGUCCAACGUGACCCCCAGGUUCCCCAAUGAUCUGUGUCUCGGGGGAGGGUUGGGGGGGCCCAUGGGGAACCACCAUGGCCCCAGACUGGGAGGCAACAAGCUACUGCCGGUCAGGGACGGGGGGUUAGGGUUGGUGGGGCAGGGCGGCCAGAGACCCUUCAAUGGCUCGAGCAACGGCCACGUUUACGAGAAGCUCUCCAGCAUCGAGUCUGACGUCUGAAAGAAAGAGAUGGAGCUGGAGAACAGGAUAAUUGCUUCUCCAACUGAGGAGAACGAAUAGACGCUACAUUGUGUACAUCGUUCUCAUAUUUCUAACUGAGGAAGGUUAGUUGGACAAUGGACACUGCGGACAGAGUGAAGGAGAGUGAAGGAACUGUCAAGUGCAACAGAAAGCGACACGACUUCUAAUGAGGAAAUGAGCGGAUUCUGCUGCUUGACUCUGAGACUGUGAGGGAGGAGGAGAGAAAUCUCUCCUCCGUUUCUCCUCUCCUUCUUCACUCCCUCUUCUAUCUUUCCCUCUCUUCCGCUCGCCUGCUGUUCCUUACACCAAAACUAACGUUUUGCUUAGCUAUCAGAAAUACAAUCAAAUGAAUGAAAAAUCAAAUACUUUUCUUGAAGUAACAGGGUAAACUAACAAUAAUUGUAUUGAUAAUGUUGUUAAUGAUAUUAUUGAAUAUAAUUAUAUUGUUUAACAUUUGGGCUCGUUUUCUUAUUUUUUUGUAAUAGUUCAUGUUGUUAUAUAUUUAUAUUGUUGUUAAUUAUUUGCUAGGCCACCAUAUUACAGGAGACUAAUAGACUAUUUGCUAGGCCACCAUAUUACAGGAGACUAAUAGACUAUUUGUUAGGAAGAAAUGUUACUUAAGUACCAAUACUUUUAGGUUGUGUAAUUCAGAUUUCUUCUUAAUUCUUGAUUAUCCAUAUUUUCUGUUUUUGGAGUGUGCUGUGCAAAAGUAUACUGUAUGUGAAAGGCAUGAUUUGCUGAGUACAUUUUCCAUAUACUUGACAUGUUAUAGUGAAGGAGAAAGUACUUAUGUGGCAUCAUACUGGUUUGCCGUUUAGAUUUCUUGUUUUGCCUGGCAGUACGUCGGGAGUAGUGGUGAUCUCAGAUACCGAGCGGGAUGUGCCUUACUGAAUCCACUACAAUCAUAAAGAUAUGAAGACUCCUCCUCCUAUCGGUAGAAAGGGUGUUCAUUCUGUAGACAAUUCAGUUAUUAACUAGUAAUUCAUAAAGUGGUUAUCAUGUUCUCUGAGAAUCCGCUUAGCUGAGAUUUUGCUUUAAACGAGACCCACCCACCUGAAAGGAGGAAUAGUUGCAUCAUGGAAGAUGUAGUUUUCUGCUCGUUUCACUCGGGUGCUAGUCAAGAGGCUCUUAUCUCACCCUUUAGCGUUCCAUAAAUCAUUAGAUUUAACAUUUUAAAUCUCAACAUAUCACAAGUCCCCCUUAUAUACUCAAAGGUAAACUAUCAAUUACACUUAUUAUAAUUUUUGUAUUGUUAAAAAAAAAAUUGGGGCAUAGAUGCAGUAUUUGCUAAACAUAUGUAUUUCCCCUUGUGUUCCUAUAUGUUGCUGGGAAGUGAUUGAAUGGAGUUGGUUUCAAUUGGACUUGACUGUUGUCUACUUUUAAGAUCUGGUCUUGAUGGAAUGCUGGACCAUGGUCUGGGAAUGGAGAGACUGACAGCAGGACGUGUUAGUUCAUUUCAUUAUACCCAAUCACUGUACUGUUACUGUACUGUAUACUGUAUGUCUCUCCUUAAUAAUUCACGUCAAGGACUUGAUCAAACCACUAAUCAUGUUUGACUUACUUAGAAUGUGUUAUCAUUUCUGAGAUCAUUCAGAUAUCACUAAAGGUGGUCACUUGAUAUGGGGAUUGGGGAGAAUAAUCACUAUUUCACUAUUUGUUAGCUUUUUUUCUUUCCUUGUGAAUACCAAAACAAAUCAAUCACUUUAUACAGGCCACACAAGACAGUCUGGAUGUAACAUUCAGUAAAUCUCUGUAAACUUUCAACAUUUUUCCCAAGAUGAUUAUGGAAUGUUUUGGCAACUUCCAUCAAUGGCUUGAUACAUAAGUAGGAUAAAAGGACAAUAACGUUUGUAAAGCUUGAGUACUUGACCAGGGCAUGAUUACCACUGGCCUAGUAUUAGCAAGAAUUCUUCAUCUCUGCGUUUAAAAUUAAACCUUAUUUGAAUAAUUCUGUCUAUUUCACCCAGAACAACCACUUUUCAGCUAUCAGGGCAAAUAUAUUAUGAAUUUACAAAUUUGAUCGAAGGACAGUAUUUUCUUUUGGAAAAUAGUCCUCACAACUGUCCUGGAAGGUACAUGGUGGAAGGUGGAGAAAAGCAAACCAAUGCCAUGAUUAAAAUGAAGGAAAAAAAAUGUUGAAUCUCCACAUAGUGUGGAGAUUAGUGUGGAAAGUGUGGAAAGUCACGUUUUCCCCCCUAUUCUAUAAGCAUUGAGUCCAGUGGUUUGUUUAUCAUGCCUUUGCCAAUGUCUCUGGGUCGCUUCCAUCAAUGACAACCUCAUGUCCAUGGAAGAUGACCUCAAAGCCACAACGUAUCACAGACAGAUAUCCAGGUCCACGCUGUAUUUGUGUUCCCCUCCAUGUAAUUGUUGUAAUAUACAAUUCAGGACCCCCCCCCAUAUCUUCAUUUUAUUUAUUUUAUUUAUUUUAUUUUAUUACUUUAAGUUAUAGCUGUCUGAAUUAUUACAUUUCUAAGUGAUUUGUUAUUUUGCCAAACCAAAUUGUACGAUCUAAGCACAAUCAGUGUUAUUGAUUAGUUGAUCAAUACUUGUACAUCCCUACUGAAACUUUGAAAGAUUUUUCCUUCUUUCAUGACUGACAAGUCAGUGUGUAUGAUAUUGAGUCAGUGUGUCUGAUAUCGAGUCAGUGUGUAUGAUAUUGAGUCAGUGUGUCUGAUAUUGAGUCAGUGUGUCUGAUAUUGAGUCAGUGUGUAUGAUAUUGAGUCAGUGUGUCUGAUAUUGAGUCAGUGUAUAAGGACAUGUGUUCGUAAGGACAUGCAUGCAUCAGUGGAAUUGUUUUAUUUUCCCUUUUUUACUUAGACUCUAUUUUAUCCUAAAAGUGGGUGUUUGGGAAUGAUAUCUGGACUUUUUAAUCAAUUUAAUUGAUUCUGAUCUUUGUUGGUGUGUGUUUGUCUCUGUAAAAAGACAAAUAGAAUUUUGCUCUCAAAAUAGUCGUUAUUUUAAAAUAUUUCAAAUUCAGUAAUCAGAAUUGUCAAUAGGAAUAAUUGCUAUGACAGAAAUAGAUUCAACAGAUUUAUUAUGGAACCAGAAGAAGUGUAAGAAGAGAAGUUCAGGCUUCUCUGCUCCUCUUGAUGAUUGGUUGUAAAUGCCUGUGAAUGAGGUAAAGGUAUUGCUAUUAUUAAAUGCCCGUGAAUGAGGUAAAGGUAUUGCUAUUAUUAAAUGCCCGUGAAUGAGGUGAUGGUAUUGGUAUUAUUAAAUGCCUGUGAAUGAGGUGAAAGUGUUGGUAUUAUUAAAUGCCUGUGAAUGAGGUGAAGGUGUUGGUAUUAUUAAAUGCCUGUGAAUGAGGUGAAGGUAUUGGUAUUAUUAAAUGCCUGUGAAUGAGGAGAAGGUAUUGGUAUUAUUAAAUGCAUGUGAAUGAGGUGAAGGUGUUGGUAUUAUUAAAUGCCUGUGAAUGAGGUGAAGGUAUUGGUAUUAUUAAAUGCCUGUGAAUGAGGUGAAGGUAUUGGUAUUAUUAAAUGCCUGUGAAUGAGGUGAAGGUAUUGGUAUUAUUAAAUGCCUGUGAAUGAGGUGAAGGUAUUGGUAUUAUUAAAUGCCUGUGAAUGAGGUGAAGGUAUUGGUAUUAUUAAAUGCCUGUGAAUGAGGUGAAAGUGUUGGUAUUAUUAAAUGCCUGUGAAUGAGGUGAAGGUAUUGGUAUUAUUAAAUGCCUGUGAAUGAGGUGAAGGUGUUGGUAUUAUUAAAUGCCUGUGAAUGAGGUGAAGGUAUUGGUAUUAUUAAAUGCCUGUGAAUGAGGUGAAGGUAUUGCUAUUAUUAAAUGCCUGUGAAUGAGGUGAAGGUAUUGCUAUUAUUAAAUGCCUGUGAAUGAGGUGAAGGUAUUGGUAUUAUUAAAUGCCUGUGAAUGAGGUGAAGGUAUUGGUAUUAUUAAAUGCCUGUGAAUGAGGUGAAGGUAUUGGUAUUAUUAAAUGCCUGUGAAUGAGGUGAAAGUGUUGGUAUUAUUAAAUGCCUGUGAAUGAGGUGAAGGUAUUGGUAUUAUUAAAUGCCUGUGAAUGAGGUGAAGGUAUUGGCAUUAUUAAAUGCCUGUGAAUGAGGUGAAGGUAUUGGUAUUAUUAAAUGCCUGUGAAUGAGGUGAAGGUAUUGGCAUUAUUAAAUGCCUGUGAAUGAGGUGAAGGUAUUGGUAUUAUUAAAUGCCUGUGAAUGAGGUGAAGGUAUUGGCAUUAUUAAAUGCCUGUGAAUGAGGUGAAGGUAUUGGUAUUAUUAAAUGCCUGUGAAUGAGGUGAAGGUAUUGGUAUUAUUAAAUGCCUGUGAAUGAGGUGAAGGUAUUGGUAUUAUUAAAUGCCUGUGAAUGAGGUGAAGGUAUUGGUAUUAUUAAAUGCCUGUGAAUGAGGUGAAGGUAUUGGUAUAACGUUUUUAUGAAGUGAUGAACCAGCUUUGAUUUUCAAUGUUUUUGCUUGUUUUUUUCCCUACAACCUCUCUUUCUUCAGGAAGUUGCUUUCCUCUUUCUCUCUUUCUCUCUUUCUCUCUCUCUUUCUUUCUUUC